AUGGCUCGUCUGACUCUUACCGAUGACGAUGCGAAAGUCCGAAAGUGGUUUGCUGACGAGGUUCAAAAACUGGGAUGUUCGCUUUCUGUGGAUCAGAUGGGAAACAUGUUCGCGCGGCAGUCAGGGUCUAUGAAGUCCUCUGCGCCUAUGAUCGCCAUGGGUAGCCAUCUUGAUACUCAACCUCGGGGUGGUCGCUAUGAUGGAAUACUAGGAGUGAUGGCCGCGCUGGAAGUUCUGCGGACGAUGAAAGAAAACAAUUUCAAGACAAGCUACGACGUCGGCAUUGUUAAUUGGACCAACGAGGAGGGAGCUCGAUUUCCAAAAUCAAUGUGCUCCUCUGGGGUCUGGGCUGGAGCUAUUCCGAUUCAAAUGGCGUGGGAUCUGCGUGACAUUCACGAUUCAACCGUGACCCUGCGUUCUGAGUUAGAGCGACAUGGCUAUCUCGGCGAAAUUGCGUGCUCGAAUGAUGCUACUACUGGUUUCCCCCUGGGGGCUCAUUUUGAACUACAUAUUGAACAAGGCCCUAUUCUACAAGAGACCGGCCGGUCAAUCGGCAUCGUGCAAGGCGCUCAAGGUUACAGGUGGCUGACCAUCACUGUCCAAGGCAAGGAUGCUCAUACUGGAACGACUCCGCUUAGUGCUCGUCACGAUGCCAUGCUGGCGGCUUCGAAGAUGAUUGUUGCUUCGAAUGCAAUCGCCAAGCAGCAUGACGCACUGGCCUCUACGGGUAUCAUCAGAGUGCCAUCGAAUGCGUCAACUAACACCCUGCCAUCUGACGUGACUUUCACUUUGGACAUUCGACACCCUCGGGACAGCACUGUGCAGGCUGUGCAGGAAGAAUGCCUCAAGGCAUUUGCAACUAUCUCUUCGGAAGACGGGAAGGGCGUGUCUUUCAACUGGACAAUGGACACCGACUCGCCCGCAGUGAAAUUUGAUCAAGGGUGUGUCGAGUCAAUCAAAGCAGCGGCGGAUCACCUUGUGGGACCCGAAAAGUCGAUGUACAUGACUAGUGGUGCUGGUCACGAUACUGUGUACACCAGCAAGCACUGCCCAUCGGCCAUGAUUUUCGUCCCUUGCCGAGACGGCGUGAGCCAUCACCCGACCGAGUAUUGUACUCCAGAGGACUGGUAA